CUCACACACACACACACACACACACACACGCACACACUCGGACCGCCGUGCGCUCAGGAGAUGAGGAACUAGUUGUCGGAGCAGGGAACAGAGCGCAACAGCACGUCGUUACGCGUAGAGCACAAGCUGGGGGAAAUAUUCACCUGUGCGCCGCCGGUACGAAUUCACGGGGAUUUUUUUUCGUUUAAUUUCAGCGGACUCCGUCUUAAAGGCGCAGUGCGGGGCACUUGAAACAAGAAUCUCUGUCGGACCCCUGUUUUGUCCUGUGGCCAAACAAGUUUUCCUUCUCUGCCUUGUGUGAGUGACAUUUUACGCAGAAACUGACCCGCGGCUGAAGGUGUUGUUUCGACGUUACAUUCAUUACGGGGAGAGACUGCGUGCCUGGUUCGACAAAGAGGACCGUAAUCAACCAUGGCGAGACAUGACGCCCGAAACCGGCAUGCCUGCUCAAAAAUGAUCGGACUGCUCUGCUUGGUCGCGUCGGUACUCACAGGACACGGAACGACAGGUCAGCGAGUGAAGGUGGAGCCAGAGGUGUUGUCGUAUCCCGGCCAGACAGUCAACCUACGCUGUGCCUUCACUGAUGCCACUGGCAUUCAGCUCACAAUGGUCACGUGGAUCUACGAGCCGAAGGAUGGAGAAAGGAUCAACAUCGCUGUGUUUCACCCCAACUUUGAUCCCAACUAUCCCAUAUCACCUGUGAAGGGCAGGGUCAGCUUCUCACCCAGUCCCCCAAACAUGGUCAGCCCUUCCAUUCAGAUUAACAAUGUUAGGAUGACCGAUGAGGGGAAGUACAUCUGUGAAUAUGCUACCUACCCAAUUGGCAACGAGCAGGGCAUCACCUAUCUGAUCAUGCUGGCUAAGCCUCAGAACUCAGCCUCCAUCGUAACAGUGGAAGCAGGCACUAAGCCGGUUGUUGUGGCACGCUGUGAGUCUGUAGAUGGCCGCCCCGCUGCCCAGAUCUCCUGGGUGACCACAGCCAAUGGCAAUGGAACAACAGUGUCUAAGCCAGGUGCCGACAACACCGUGACCGUGACCAGCGAGUACCACAUGGUUCCCACAGCAGCAGACAACGGGAAAGACAUCAGCUGCGUGGUGGUGCACAGGACCCAGGUCAAACCAGAGAGCUUCCCAUUGAAGCUAGCAGUUCAAUACGCCCCUCAGGUGACAAUAGUGGGUUAUGACAAUAAUUGGUACGUGGGUCGUACAAAUGUGGUGCUCACCUGCCAAGGUACUGGAAACCCUGUUCCGAUCUCCGUCCAGUGGAAGACUAUGUCAGGAGAAAUGCCAGACACAGUGCAGAUCACAGGCAAUGAGCUGAAAGUACUGAAGGUGGACGAGGCUGUCAACACCACUUUUGUCUGUGAGGUCAAGAACCGCAUAGGGAUCAGCAGGGAUCAGGUCACAGCCAUGGUCAGAGAGCCCUCAGUGAACCCAUCCAAUGCCGGCGUGGUGGCAGGAGCUGUGAUUGGCUCCCUGCUGGCCCUCCUUUUGGUCGCCGCUCUCAUCGCCGUGCUUGUCACCCGUAGCCGCAGGCAACAGCAGGGUUACCGCGCCAAUGGCGGCAGUGACAUGAAGACACGCAUAUUUGGCGGCGGCAAGAAGGCCAGCAAGAACGGCACAGGUGGAGGCGCAGGCAGUGGCGUAGUUGGAGGCGGUAACAACAAUGGUCCCAUCUACGUUUACAACGAUAGCUCAUCCCACCAGGGCCUUGGAGAGAAAAAUAACCACCACCAGCCUCUCACCAUGGGGGGUCGGCCUGAAGUUGUCGCCACUACACCCACUGCCCAAGACAUCCUGCUUAGCAAUGAAUUAGACGAUGCGGAAAGGAGGAAGUUUGAUGAGCUGGAGGAAGAGGAGAGGUAUGACCACUUCACUGGAGGGGCCCCCAUCCUUCAGCUUCGCCCACACAAUGACCAGGACGAUAUGAUUGGAGAUUACCUGGAUGAUGACAUGGAGUCCCAGCGGGAUGGCUCUGUGAUCUCUCGGACUGCAGUUUACGUAUAGAGGAGGAGGAGAGGAAAGGAGGAGAAAAAAGAGGGAUGGAGGAUCCUGACUGAGGAUUUUGCGGCUUCAGGGUCUCGGCCCCUGUCUGAUAGAGAAGAGAAAAUGAUACCACUUUUAUUUUUGAAAAUUGAUUUUAAAUAUAGCCUAUUAUUAAUCACAGUGCAGCCCCAAAAUGAACUGAAUGAACAGGUCCUGUGGGAUGUUCUGAAAGGAGUGUUGUUGUCAUCUGGUCACUUAGAGCUGAAAAUCAAACAGAAACGAAACAACCUGUCUCUCACCGCUUCUGCUCAUGCUACUGCUAUCACUGGGACCUAGACAAGGACUCUUAACAGACAGACUAAAAGAGAAAAACUAUGUAGUGUGGGAGUAGGAUAAUGGAAUCAUGAUACAAGUAUGGCAAUAGAGGAUGCAUCGUGCUUGCAUAUUCACUCUUAUCUACACCAAAACAGUAGUAGUGAAAGGGGUUGUCAUGCUGUUGUGUUUUGCCUGCUAUUCUCAGUCCUCCAGUGGGAAACCUUUUGUUUGGUAAUGCGCUGUGCUGUUGACAGCUGGUGGAUAGUUAGUAGAUAGUGAUGGGUUGGGAGGAAAACAUUUGAAGGUAUAGACAGUAACCAUCAUGUGAUUUAGAGAAGAGAACAAUGUAUUUGCUCAUGUUUGCUGGCGAGUUCUCCUUUACGCUCUCUGCCUUCCUCUCAAACUUAAAAAAAAAAAAAAUCCGCCACUGUAGACACUCUUGAAUUUACAAAAUUUAAAAAGAACAUUAGGUCCUUCUGUGCUGCACAAAUGCAAGAGCAGCUUAAUUUAACAAAGUAAGUUUGCAGAGUUUGCACCAAGUUUUUAACAAGGUAUUCACUUGCAAACUUUUGUACUGUGCCUAGAAGUAAGAGACGGUAAACAAGAGAUGAGGGAAUGAGGUGUAGCCAAUCUGACAGGGUCAAGGGAUGGAAAGAGGGAGGUAGGAGGUCUAGAGCGGAGCACAUCUCAUCUCUCCUCUCUUCCUACUCAUCCACGUCUCUUCAGAGCGCUCCUGACAGGAGGAGCUUGAUUGGUAAUGAGCCGUGAAGUCGCUCGCUUAGCCGGGACCAACAGAUUGCCACAACUUAUCGUUUAUGACGUGGCGAUUCCUCCCCCCUUCCCACCUAUAUCUCUCUAUCAUCCUUCCAUCUCUCCCUCUCUCUCUCUCGCUCUCUCUUUCUUCAUCCCUCUUUCCCAGUGUUUAUGGGGAGUUUAUGAUUUAUCCCGGGCAGUGUCGAGGUCAGGGCCACAGGGAGCAGGAGGGUAUUUUACUGCUCCUGAUGUGUCAAACGCCCCACUUACUCUGUUCCAGCCCAGCCUGCUCUGACAUGCCAGGACUGACUAAUCUACCUGGAGUGGCAUGUUCACUCCACCGCACAGACACGACCACCUCCUCCCGCACUUUGGUAAAUGGCCGGAUGUAACAAAACCCCACCUCCAAAGUGCGACUGCGUUAGGGUAGACAGAUUUUCAUUGAGAUCAUGUAAUAAUUCUUUCCAUUAGCGGAUGUUGUUAAAUGUACUGAAUUGAGCGGCAUAAAGGGUUGCGUCCACAGCAACGCUAUGGGAGUCAUAUUGAGUAACAGCCAACAAGCGGUGAAAUGGCCCUUUACGAUGUAGCUUUAGGGCUGAUUGUCUCCUGACUGUUAAUUUAUCCUUCUAACGAGCCACCGGAGGCCCACUCAAAAAAAUAUUGCUCAAUGGCAACAGUACACUGCUGUCUUUGAGGCUUAGUGUGUACAUGUGCAUGCGUCACUGUAUCUACGUAGCCAUUGGAUGACUGUAUUGGACAAUCUUGGAGAGAAGCCCUACUGUAGCUCCUCUAAUCAUGCUUUUCCUGGCCUUCUAAUCAACUCUGCUUUGACCCACUGGGAGUCUGGUGAGUGUGGUCUAGAUGACUGUACUGACCUCUUGUAAAGGCCCAGCAAAGAUCUGAGUUGUGGUUCGCUGCAGGUCAUGAGGUCAAAUGCAGGGUGACCCAUUGCCAAGGGCAAGAAUGACUGCACUUGCCCGAAUUUCUUAUCAUGGCUUUUUUUUAAACCUUGAACUAUACAUAUGAGACACACACACAUUCAGUGCAUUUAUCUGUAUAGAGUUAGACAGUCCUUGUUUGCCAUUGUGAUGGCUCGUAACCUUCAGAGAGGCGGAGAGAGAAUAGGAGAUAGAGAAACGCAGGUAGAAAAAGAGACAGUGUUUAGUGUUUGAGCACCGUCUGGCGUAUUGUAAGUCAGUGUGUUCAACAGGAUUAUUGUCUAAUGGCCUUAGUGUAUACAUAAAUGCAACUCCUGUCAAACUGUGGUACAGUACAUUUCCUGAACACAGCUGAUUUGUCACAACCACUCAAAAUAAAAAUGCAUUACUUAUUUUUGCACUUGUGUGUGUCACCGCUACAAAGAGAAAUAUGAGUGUAAUGCUUUCUUUUUGGGGUAAAAAAAUAAUGACAAGGGAUAAAACUGUUGUAUGUACAUUUUGGUGUGAGGUAUUUGUGUACAAUAUAUGUAAGCAUUUUUAAAUUCUUAUUUUCUUGUGAAAAUGUGGAUAUUUAUGAAAAUGUAAAUAUCAGAUCAGUGGAGCCAGUGUUGCCAGUGUUGUGGAAGGAAAAAUGAAGGAGUUCUGGGUUGGCUAACCCUUAAAUUCAAAUGUCUCAGAAGGUAUUCAGAAUGUAAUUUUUAAUCUAAUAUUUACCUCAGUAGUUUGGGUGUUUCAGCAUACUGAACUGACUGAGCUUAGUUUACCUAAAGCCUAAGAGUAGUUAUGCUUGUGUCAUUUUUUGUUCAAGUUAGCAUUGUCUGGAUUCCCUCAUAAUAAGCGCACACUAUUUUUUUUUUUUUUCAUUUGUCCAUAAUUAGUUUCUCUUCCUUCUUGACAGACACCCUGCACAAUGCAUAUAUACACAGAAUACUCAUACUUUAUCACGUAGACCGUUACAACACAAGCAAUGUUCUGGGUUGUGUCUGAGUCAGCUUUCUGUGUCUGUACUAUAGUUGUCAGUGUGUAUGUUCGUGAUGCUCAGGGGCUUUGGGACAUCUCUUGCUGCCAUUUGGGUUAUAACCUGAGUAGCCACCCUUUACAUCUCUACAUGGCGAACUGGAAAACUGAAGAUACUGUUGUGCAUUUCGACACACACACACACACACACACACACACACACACACACACACAUACUGUACAUAUACAUACGCAGAAUGCAGAGAAACAUUCGCCCACACACAAACACCCUUCAGUCACUCUCAUUAUGCUCACUCCCACAUCCAAACUGUGCAGAAGACACCUCAUACCUGACAACUCUGCCAUCAUCUGACAUAAGCCCACACAAAUGUGUUCGCAUAGCUGCAAACAAAGACACACACACACACACUCAUACACACACAAAAAACACUUCUAUUUCCUCUUCAUGCUCAGUGGCUCCGUCAGGGCAUAUACCGUGUCCUGUUAGAGUGGAAAGAGCCGCAGCAUGAUGUGUUCCCUGCUCCACUGCUUUCUAUCCCUCAUAUAGUCCAACCCGUUCCCAAAUCAAUGACCAUGUAGAACAGAGACAACUACGCAUUCAGGGACACACACUUUUCACCUCGUGUCAGAGAAACAGGCUUUUUAGGAAACCAUUUGUCCGUCCCACUUUUGUUCUACACGGGAAAUAUAUAGCUUUAAUAAAAAUGCCAAUGCGCUGACCUUCUCCCCUGUCCCGGAUUCUUUUGAAUGCUUUUAGAGAGUCACAACUUCCUACUCAUCUCCAAAGUGUUGUUUUCAACCACAACCGCCCCGAUAGGCACACCCCACCGUUGCCACCCACCUUAUCACCCAAGUAAGGCUUGUCAGACAAAAUUCUUUUAGAGAAAUCCUUGAUCUUAGCCCUGGUCUAGCACAAGGUUAGUCAAAAUACCCAGUGUUUUUUGUUUGUUUUCCCAGAAAGCUACAUACUGUUGCUGUUUCUCUGGUUCCAAACAUCCGAUGACUAAUCAAAGCCUUAACAUCUCCCAUCUCACUCAUAUAACAGAAAAAAAAGAGAAAACCUUCCUGUGUACAUAGUAUAAAUAUAUAAAUAUGUAGCAGAAAAAAGAAUUACUAAUUUAUGGUGUCACGUUUGUGUAUUCUCAGUGACAGCAAGCAUGAAGGAUUUAUUUUCUCCUAUUACAGUUUCUCCUCUUUUCUGUUAUUUUGCAGUGCUUUAUAAUUUAUGUUUUCUGAGUGCUUUAUUCUUGACUGCUGCGCUGUGAUUGCUGCCAAAACUGGCAAAUGUGCUUCUUCUAUACAAAUGAACUGUACACACAACAAAACAGUCUUACCCCAAAAUGUGCUUUUUAUUAUUGAUUGCUCUGUGUAAAAGUUGUUUUGUUCUUUUUUGUAUUUUUUAAUUUUAAAUUUAUUUUGUUCUUUAAAAAAAAGACGGAUUUAGAAUUGUUGUCACCAUUUUGUCAAGUCUUUCUAUAUUUUUUUCUUAUUUGGUUGCUAUUAAAGA